CUCAAUUCUAUGACUGAAGGAUUACCGAUAGCGUAUAAUGAACUAGUUAAUGCAGUUGCAGCCCCUACUGAUGGAUUUGAUGCCGAUUAUUGUUCAGAUUUAUUAAAAUCUGCUCAACCAUUGCUAGAAAAAGUCAUGAAUAUAGCUCAAAAGUCCCAGAACAAGAUAUUCCAGCCCAGAGGAGGUCCAGAUUUCACAGAAGUUGCUAUUAAAAUAUCAUACCAGGGUACUACCAAACUGACGCAAGCACUUCCAAAGAACCUUGAUGAGCUUUACUCCUUGAUCCAGACCACAUUCGGAGACUUGUUUGUAAAUAUGCCUGAUUUCAACGAUUUCACGUUCCACUUCAUUGACUCUGAUGGUGAAAAAUGAGCUAUUGAGAACGAAGAAGACCUUUUUGCUGCCUAUAUGCAUGCAAAGCAGUAUGAAAGAUGCAUCCUCAAACUUUACAUGGAGUACAAGCAUGGCCUCACUGAUAAACAGAAGUGCAUGAAAUGGGCAGAAUGCUUCCGUAAUGAUGGAGAUAUCGCUAGGAAAAGACAAUACAAAGAACGAUCAAAACUGAGAGAAUAUUCCUUCAUGAAAGGCAACUGUAUUGUCAGAGAUGGUCAUGUGUACGAAAAAUACAAAAAGACUCAUGAUGGCAAACUCAUCUAUCGUUGUGAAGAUUUCAUGAAGCUAGGCUGCAAAGGGAGAUGGAUUGCUAAAAUCACCGCCUACGGCGGUGAGUUUGGCAACAUUGACUGCGAUCAUAGCUUUCCUCCAGAAAUGCAUACCUGUAAAAUGAAUGAAGAUGACCUGAACUGAGCCAAUCCUAAUGGACCUGAUAAGAAGCAGUUUGUCCAAAUAUCUAAACAGGAAGUCAAGAAAUUAAUAGUAGCUCUCGCUAUUAAGACACCUUCUAUUACAAGGAAUGAAGUGAUCACAGAGAUUAAAUCCUCUGUAGCCCAUGCAGAUCUUCCUCCAAAGGUUGAGAUUGAGUAUAUACUACAUAAAGUAAGGAGAGCCAUUGCACCAGGAGUGGCAGGAUAUGGAUUGAUCAAUGUUGAAAAUCUCAAAACUCUUAGGAAUACUCAAUUUGGGCGAGAAAUGUACCUUGAAAUCAUCGAAAAUCUUCCAAGAUUGUUCUUAUUUAUGUAUUCAGAUUGGCAAGAGUCAAUAAUAGAAGAACUUAAUUCUCAAGGGGAUCUCCAUCUUUGUAUAGAUCUUGUUAGCAGGUGAUGCCCUAGAACUUUUAAGCAAUUAAUGAAUUUCUUUGUUUUCGAUAAGAUUAAGAAGAUCUAUAUCCCAAUUGGUCAUGCUCUAAUUCAGACAAAGAAGAAGCAAGGGUAUCUAGUUGCAUUAAAAUGGAUGAAAGAUAAACUAUCUCUCAAUCCCAAAUAUAUCACUGCUGAUUUUAUCCAAGACUUAAGAGAUGCAAUUACAGAAGUCUUUUGACAAAAAGACACAGAACUAGAUGCUAAACCCCUAUUCAUGCAGUUCUGAAAAUCCUUAUGGCGAGAUGUGAUGGAAAAAGGGCUGAACAAGCCUGAGUAUAUCUUAUCAGCAAAAUGAAUGGUCAUGGGUCUCCAAGCUCUUUGCUUUGCAAAUAAAGAUGAAAUAAUUAGCAGAUUUAUCUCCCUUCAAGAAGCCUAUGCUGAGAAAUCUCAACUUUUUGAUGAAUUCCUUACAGAAUUCGCUGCUAAAUGCUCAGAUGGAUGUUACCAGCCCCAUUACUGGAGCUAUAAAGGCCAUGAGGAAGACCUUGAAGACCUAAUAGCAUCAAAUAACAGCAUAGAAUCCUUCAAUCAUUUAAUAAAGACUCAAUUGUCAACAGACCGCCCAAACGUUGCUGGGUUUGCUGAUGUCAUGAGCAGGGUUGAAACGUUAAAAAGUCUGAAUAUGAAUGAGACCUGUACACUCCGGAGUCUCAGAACUCUCGUAGUACUUCUCAAGCCUCAGUUGCCCUUGAGAGUCAAACUUUGAGGAAACUCGCAUUGCUUGAAGAAACCCGAGCUAUUAAUGGAGAAAAGAUACCUCAAAAAGCUUGAAGGCAAAAUAGAAACUAGUAAGAGCGGUGAAGUAAUCGACCAAGGCGCUAUUCUUGAAGAUGAGAUACUCUCUGAACAUUCUGAAGAACUUAAAGCAAGUUUUGCGAAGAUAAAGAAGCAUGAAGACUCUGUUAAGGAUAUUCUUGCUCAAGAAAAUCUCUGUAUGAACCUUACUGAACUUGUAAACCUGAAGAAAGAAGAAGGCUUGACUAAUAAGUUAAGUAAGAGAAUGAAGAAAGAACAACAGUCUGUAUUCAGAGUUGAUAAAGACAACUACGAUUGAUCAGGUUUACCUGUAAAGAAGGAAAUGACUCUUGAACAACAAUCUUUUUCUAAUUCACAAGAUUCCGUACUUUCACAGAAUUUCGGAAAUCUCAGGACAAAAAUCAAAGCUGAGGGAUAUGAUUCCAGCUCUUGUAGCGAAGGUGCCUCCCAGGUCGUUAAGGACCUAGACAUCACCAGAUCUCGUGUUGAUAUUGCAGAGAGGAUUCUAUUGUACGCAGACAAUGAGUCAUCUAAAGAGAAUUUAUCCCAAUCUGAUACUUCUAGUCAGUUCUCACUGAAGAAGGAAGAUGAUUUUAUGAAUGCUAUUAUUAAUUAAAGUUUCAAAAGUGCACAAUUUUAAG